CUGUCCGGCGAGCAGCGGAUGUGAGCAUGACUCAGUGGCUGACAGGAAGCCCGUCACCUCGCCUGCUGCCCGCCAGUCUGUGGCGUUGGCGGCAGUUCGGGCAGGUGUGCGGGUGCAUGUGUGGGCACAGAAUGGGGUGGCCGCAGUGAGGCGUCCUGACUCUCAGGUGAGAGGACAUGGACCAGGCCUGACCUGUCCCUCGCCCAGGGCUGAGGGCACUCCACAGUUGUGCCCACCCAGGACAGUCAGCUCUGGUGGCGGAAGGCCAUCUUCCCUGGGAAGGCCUGAGGUACCUGGAGGGCAGCAGCAGAGAUCAGGCGCCGGUGGGUCACCAGGGCGGACAUGAGCACCGGGACCGAGCUGCUGUGGCUGGGGUCCGCGCUGCUGCUGCUGCUGGGGACCGCGGCCGGGCUGUGUGUGCGCUGCUCGCGCCCAGGGCUGAAGAAGGCCGAGAAGAUCUACCAGCAGAGGAGCCUGCAGGAGAACCGGCAGAGCUUUGCAGUGGCGCGCACGUAUUCCUUGGUCAGGCAGCCCUGGCCAGGGCCACCGACGGGCAUGAACCCUGACAUGGCACCUGCAAGGAAUGAUAAGCUGCUGCACUUCUCCAGCCCCUUGGACGAUCCCGUGUCCCCCAGGUACCAGAACUUCAGCAAAGGGGACGGUGGGGACUCGGAUGCAGCCUACAUAGACCCCAUUGCUGCAGACUACUACAACUGGGGGUGCUCUACGAAGUCCCCAGAAGAUGACGACGAUGCCACCUCCUACGAGAACGUCCUCAUCUGCAAGCCCAGAGCCCUGGAGUCAGGUUAUCCCUGUGUCCCUGCGAGCAGCGAGGAGACUGAGGAUUAUCAGAACUCAGCAUCCAUUCAUCAGUGGCGGGAAUCCAGGAGGGCCGUGGAGCAAGGCCCGAUAGCAGGACAUCCCUGUCCAGCAGGAGGCCCAGAGGAGGAUGCCGGGGAGCCCGACUAUGUGAAUGGGGACGUGACCAUGACUGGGGAGGCCUAGGGGAGACAGGAAGGAAGGAGCCCAGGGAGCCCCAGACCACGGACGUGUCUGCUGUCCUUCGAGGGCCACUUUCCAGUGCUGCUCCACUUUUGGGUCCCCGCCAGGGCUACCCCUGGAGAGGACCCACAGAUGCCCCUGAGGACCUGCUGUCCGUGGGGAACAGUUGUAUGUAAAUAGCCAGAGCUGCAGCCCCAGCCCCGUGCCCUCUCCCGACUGGGACCUCCUCGGGGCAGGCCUGCUGCCACCUGGCUCCUGAGUGACAGCGCCAGGGACGCAGGGUGACGGCACCGUAUCUAACACCAUGCAACACUGGCCUCCGUGUCCUUUCUGCUCUGGAUUUGGAUCCCAAGUUGUUUACUCAUGUGGCUUCUGUGACUUGCUGUGACCACAGGUCUGCAGUUAACUCAUCCAGAGGGGACAUACUGACAUUCUGACCGCAGGUGGCUUCUCUCCAGUGAGGGCGCCCCCUCCCCUCUGCCCUUUAGUGGGGCUUCUCUUCGCUCUGGGCUUCUGUUCACUCAGGGGAGAGAUGAAGCCAGUGUGGCGUCCCGCGUGGAGUUCCGUUGACGAGUUGCUCUCUGCUGGGACACAGUGCCUGUGGUGGGGCACAGGGCUGGCACACCCGGGAUCAGAGCUGUGGGGGGGGGGGGUGAGGCAGGAAGCUCUCAAGUUCAAGGCCAGCCUCUGCAACUGUCUCAUUUAAACAAAAAAGGGGAGGGCUUGCAUGGGAGCUGGGAGCCUGGUGGUCAGAAUGGACGCCCUGGAACCCUCCGGAGCCCUCUGCUCCUUGGCUGAGCUGAAGAGCUAAAAAGGGAUCUUCUCACAGGCCACAAAUGCCACCUGUGGAACAAAGUGUGUCCCCUCCACUGAAUCCCCCCAAUAAACCUCUGCGGCUCAGGAGCAGCAGUUCUCCGA